AUGGAAGUCUUUAUGAAUGAUUUUUCUGUUUAUGGAAUCAAUUUUGAUGAAUGUUUAGCUAAUUUAUCUAAAGUGCUACAAAGAUGUGAGGAAUCAAAUCUGGUUCUAAAUUGGGAAAAAUGCCACUUCAUGGUAAGAGAGAGCAUAGUCCUUUGUCAUCUAGUUUCAGAAAGAGGAAUAAAAGUGGACAAGGCAAAAAUUGGGAUCAUUGAAAAAGUGGCACUGCCUUCAUCAGUCAAAGAAGUGCGAAGCUUUUUGAGACAUGCGGGCUUCUACAGAAAAUUCAUCAAGGAUUUCUCCAAAAUAGCUAAGCCUUUAACUAAUUUACUAAAUCAAGAUGUUCCUUUUGACUUUGAUGACAAUUGCCUUAUUGCAUUUCACAGGAUAAAAGAAGCAUUAAUUUCAGCACCAAUUAUGCAACCACUAGAUUGGGAGCUGCCAUUUGAAAUAAUAUGUGAUACAAGUGAUUAUGCAGCCAACUAUGCAACCACAGAAAAAGAAUUCUUAGCAGUUGUGUUUGCAGUUGACAAGUUCAGGUCUUACUUGGUCGGUUCCAAAGUCAUUACCUACACAGACCAUGUUGCAAUUUGGCUCAAGCAGGAAGAAUUUGGGGAGAGCUUUGAUAAUUUGCCAAUUGAUGAUUCCUUUCCAGAUGAGAACUUAUUUGCAAUUUCCCAACUCCCAUGGUAUGCUGAUAUUGUUAAUUAUCUUGUGUGCAAGAAUAAAUGGGUAGAAGCAAUAGCUAUACCAACAAAUGAUGCCAGAGUGGUAGUUAAGUUCUUCAAGAAGAACAUCUUCACAAGAUGUGGCACACUAAGGGCAAUCAUUAGUGAUGGAGGAAGUCACUUCUGUAAUCAGCAAUUUGAAACAUUAUUAAAGAAAUAUGGAGUGACAAAUAAAUUAGCAAUACCUUACCAUCCUCAAACCAGUGGUCAAGUGAAAGUUUCAAAUAGGGAACUGAAGAGAAUCCUUGAGAAAAUAGUAAAUCGCUCAAAGAAGGAUUGGUCUUUCAAAUUAGAUGAUGCAUUAUGGGCCUACCGCACUGCAUUCAAGACUCCCAUUAGAAUAACUCCCUUUCGCUUGGUUUAUGGGAAAUCAUGCCACCUCCCCAUUGAGCUUGAACAGGCCCAUUGGGCAAUUCAAACCCUAAAUUUUAAUUUGAAAGUUGUUAUAGAAAAGAGGCUUCUACAGGUUGAUGAAUUAGAGGAGAUUAAGCAAGAUGCCUAUGAGAAUGCCAAAAUCUUCAAGGACAGGACCAAAAGCUGGCAUGACAAUCACAUAACCAAAAAAGAAAUCAAUAAAGGAGAUUUUGUCUUGCUGUUUAACUCAAGGCUAAAGCUAUACCAGGAAAGCUGA